CGGGAACUCAGAUUCUCCCCAGACUCCGAAGAGCGAGGUUAUGGCGCCCGGAACCCUCCUCCUGCUGCUCUCGGGGGCCCUGUUCCUGACCGAGACCUGGGCGGGCUCCCACUCCCUGAGGUAUUUCUUCACUGGCGUGUCCCGGCCCGGCCGCGGGGAGCCCCGCUUCAUCGCCGUCGGCUACGUGGACGACACGCAGUUCGUGCGGUUCGACAGCGACGCCGCGAGUCCGAGGGCGGAGCCGCGGGCGCCGUGGGUGGAGCAGGAGGGACAGGAGUAUUGGGAGGAGCAGACCCGGAUCUACAAGGAGCAAACACAGAAUUUUGGAAGGAGGCUGAACACCAUCCCCGGCUACUACAACCAGAGCCAGGCCGGGUCUCACACCCUACAGAGGCUGGUUGGCUGCGACGUGGGGCCGGACGGGCGCUUCCUCCGCGGAUACAGUCGGGACGCCUACGACGGCGCCGAUUACAUCGCCCUGAGUGAGGACCUGCACUCCUGGACCGCGGCGGAUACGGUGGCUCAGAUCACGCGGCGCAAGUGGGAGACGGCCGGUGAGGUGGAGAGCUGCAGGGCCUACCUGGAGGGCACGUGCGUGGAGUGGCUCCACAGACACCUGGAGAACGGGAAGGAGACGCUGAAGCGUAAGGAGCCCCCCAAGACACAUGUGACCCACCACCCCAUCUCUGACCGUGAGGUCACCUUGAGGUGCUGGGGCCUGGACUUCUACCCUGCGGAGAUCACCCUGACCUGGCAGCGUGAUGGGGAGGACCAGACCCAAGACAUGGAGCUUGUGGAGACCAGGCCUGCAGGGGACGGGACCUUCCAGAAGUGGGCGGCUGUGGUGGUGCCUUCUGGAGACGAGCAGAGAUACACGUGCCAUGUGCAGCACGAGGGGCUGCCUGAGCCCCUCACCCUGAGAUGGGAGCCGCCUCCUGAGUCCACCAUCCCCAUUGUGGGCAUCAUUGCUGGCCUGGUUGUCUUUGUGGUCAUUGUAACUGUGGUGGCUGGAGUUGUGAUCUGGAGGAAGAACCGCUCAGGGUGUUUUCUUCCCACUGGCGGAAAAGGAGGGAGCUACACUCAGGCUGCAAGGAGCCACAGUGCCCAGGGCUCUGAUGUGUCUCUCACAGCAGCGUGAGACAGCUGCCUUGUGGGGAACUGAGUGAUAUAAAAUUUGUUCACCCCAUCCCCAUUGUGACUUCAGGAAUCUCUGACUUCUGUUUCUGCAAAGGGCAUCUGAGUGUAUCUGCGUUCCUAUUAGCAUAAUGAGAAGAAGUGAGAGACUGGUCUCCCUUGUGACCCCCUCCCCACACUGACCUGUAUUCUCUUCCGUGAUCAACUUUCCUGUUCCAGCAGAGCGGGGCUGGGCCGUCUCCAUCCCUGUCUUAACUUUGUGUUGCUCUGAGCUGCAGCUUCUUACUGCCUUAUUGAAAAUAAGAAUUGGGAUAUGAACUUGUUUUUUUUAAAUUCUUGCCAUGGGGGAUUGAUGGGUUAAUUAAAGGAGAAGAUUCCUAAAAUUUGAGAAGAGAAAUAAAUGGAAGCACUGAGAACUUU